AUGCUUUGUGUAAUAGAUAAUUCAUAUUGUUUUUUUAGAGAGCCAAAAAUACUUAAAAGAACUCUUCAAUGUUGCAUACUAAAUGGAGGAGUUUUCUGGGCUAGUCUAUUGAUAUUUGAUACAAUUUUAUUGCCCAUUUUAAAGAUUUUAGUUGGUUUUGCCAUGGGCGAUAGGUCUUCAACAAGUACUGUUUGGUUUUUGAUUAAAACCUUUUUAUCUUGGACUUUUAGUGCAGUAUGGGUUUUACCUUUAUUGCUCCUCAGUAAAAUUGUCAACAAUUUAUGGUUUAUGGAUAUAGCAGAUGUUGCUUAUCGUUAUAGAAGAGGAAACGUUUUUGUUUCGAGAAGUGUAUCAUACGCAGUUGCUGAUACUUUUUUUUCAAUAUUGGUUCAAAUAUUGUUUCUUGUGCAAUCGGUAUUUGUGUGCUUGCUUCCUAAUCCAUUCGGUCAAAUAAUAUGGUUAAUGCACAUGUGCAUGCUCUACAGUUUGUAUUCGUUUGAAUACAGGUGGGUUAACAUGGGAUGGGAACUUCAUAGAAGGCUUACUUACAUUGAAAAUCAUUGGCCUUAUUUUAUCGGUUUUGGAUUGCCUCUUGCCUUGUGCACUUCAAUACCUGGAAGUUAUGUAGUAAGCGGUUGCGUUUUUUCCAUUCUUUUUCCAUUGUUCAUAGUUAGUAGUAACGAAGCGAAUUUAGUUAGCGAACCCCCUUGUUAUUUUUCACUGCAGCUGUUUCGUCCGGUCAUUGUCAUAUCCAAUUCGAUAUUGCUUAAAAAUAACUUGGCUAAAAAUUAA